AGAUAAAACAUCACAUUCAGAACAUCCUGUUUCUUCUAAGUGUGUAAUUUCCUGUGUCAGCCCGGUUGUGUUUCAUCAAUGCCAACGGGCCACAUUUAACAACUGAAGCAUGAAGCGGACAAGGAAGAUAUUAGUGUGGGCCUGGAUUGUUCUGGUUUUGGAGGUUUGCUCGAUCUCGCUGCCAGAAAUCAGUGACAAGAAGUUUAUCGAGGACUGUGUGAAAGAACACAACACAGCGCGGUCUGCAGUCAGUCCACCUGCAAGCAACAUGCUGCACAUGACAUGGGACGAGGGUUUGGCUAUGACCGCGAGAGCGUGGGCUAGACGCUGUGAGUUUAAACACAACAUCUACCUUAAGGAUGUCCGCAGCGUGCACCCUACCUUUCACUCUGUUGGAGAAAACAUAUGGACAGGUGCCCCGGCAUCAUCUUUCAACACAAAACACGCCAUAAAACGUUGGGUGAACGAAAGUCAUGACUACAACUUUAACAACAACAAAUGCACCUAUGUCUGUGGCCAUUACACGCAGGUUGUCUGGGCAGAUAGCUAUAAGGUUGGUUGUGCUGUCCAGCUGUGCACAAAUGGUGUCAAACACUUUACUACCAGUGAGGGUGCCCUUUUGGUUUGCAACUAUGGACCAGGUGGUAAUGUGAAUGGAUGGCCUCCAUACAAUUCUGUGGGGACUGCCUGCUCAGGAUGUAGAGGCAGAUGUAAAGACCGUCUCUGCCGCAGUGAAGAACGGGAUUCACAGAAAAGCUACAACUGGACUCCAAACUGGGACACAGCCUCAGGAGACUCCAACUACUGGAUAAUUCUCGUUAUUCGGCUCAUUGCUGUCCUUUUAACAUUCGCUGCAGCCUAUGGAGUCCAUUACUUUUACCCAAAUGUCUUCUGCUAUGAAUAGAGACUAGACAACAAUAACCACGAGAUCAUUAGCUCCCUAAUGUUACCCAACUAAAAAACGCACAUGGACAUUAAGCACCGUCUACCAGUCACAAUGAAAUGGGCAAAAAUACUGUUACAUUACCAACUUUUUUGUUGGCUUCAUGUUGACGGUCUUUGGUGGAUCGCGAUGAUGGUAAACAUUUGAUUUAACCACAAGAAUCAACUUUUCUUUUAUGCAAUGCAAGAAUGACUAGCUUUCAUGGCCCAGAGUACCUUGGACUGCUCAGUGGCUGAUGAGUUCCCACAGAUGUAAUGUGGGCCAUAAAAUAUUUUCAGAACACCA